AUGUGUUUGUCGAAAUGCCCAGCUCAAAAGUCUCAUAUGAAGGUUAAGUUUUUCAGUAAGAACAAUGUAACUACAGAUCUUGGAUGCCUAGGGUUCAAGGUUUUACUAUCCUUUCUCAGUCAUUCUUUUAUUAAUGAAGAUUGGUGGAUAAGUCACAUUCUCUGGGUACAUAGUGGUAGACGUGGAGUUCAUUGCUGGGUUUGUGAUGGGAAAACAAGAAGGCUCACAAAUGAAGACAGUAAAAAAAAGGUUUCUUUUCCCGGUCUUGCUUUCCAUAUGUUCCUUGUGAGAUCUUAUACUGGAGUUCUUACAUAGUUCUUUACAAAAUUGCUUUUGAGUCUAAAGAUAUUUUCAAUUGAGGAGAUAUAUGAAAAGAUCUGAGAUAUGAUUCCCGAUCCUAAUCAAUCUAUUACUUCUAAGCUUCUUGGAAGGUGGCAAGAGAGGGAAACCUUUGGUUCAAAAGAAGACAUUAAUGUUGUUAGAUGGGAGCAGCUACAAACUAUGUUGCAAUCUGGAAAACCUAAGGUGGAAGGACUGCAUAGGUGCGUUGAAGAGAUUGUGUUCUCUUUUACCUACCCUAGGCUUAACAUGGAGGUUUUGAAACACAUGAACCAUUUGUUAAAGGCACAUUUCUGUGUACACCUAAAAACAGGUCGUGUUUAUGUUCCAAUUGAUCCAAAUCAUUAUGUGGACUUCUAUCCUACUUCAGUACCAACCCUUUCCACUCUCUUAGAACAACUCAACAUUGGCGGUUUGAAAGUAGAAGGUGAUAAUGAAUGGGAUAGAACGUCACUUGGGAAAUGAAUCAGGUUUUUCAGAUCGUCGUUUCUUGCCUCAGCCUAUAAUUUCAGAGUCUAACCAACUCAGUUGUUAGCAUGAAUCUACAGUAAGUUUGGUUAUACGAUGAAGUUUGAAGAAGUUGUAAACGGUAAAUCCCACGAAGGGUAAUUCCAUGAUGUGAAUAGGUAAAUCCCAUGAAGGGUAGAAGAAGUUGUUAAUGGUAAAUCCCACGA